GGCAGACUGUACACUCGAUUUACUCUGGCCCCACUCUCCUGGCUGCCAUGGGGCCCAGCGCUCCUCUCCUGGUCUUGCUCCUUUUGUCUUGGUUGGGACCCCUUCAAGGACAGCAGCACCACCUUGUGGAGUACAUGGAGCGCCGACUAGCUGCCUUAGAGGAACGGCUGGCUCAGUGCCAGGACCAGAGUAGUCGCCAUGCUGCUGAGCUGCGGGACUUCAAGAACAAGAUGCUGCCACUGCUGGAGGUGGCAGAGAAGGAGCGAGAGGCACUCAGAACUGAGGCUGACACCAUCUCAGGGAGAGUGGAUCGUCUGGAGAGGGAGGUUGACUAUCUGGAGACCCAGAACCCAGCUCUACCCUGUGUAGAGGUUGAUGAGAAAGUGACUGGAAGCCCUGGGACCAAAGGAAAAGGCAGAAGAAAUGAGAAGUACGAUAUGGUGACAGACUGUGGCUACACAAUCUCUCAGGUGAGAUCAAUGAAGAUCCUGAAGCGUUUCGGUGGCCCAGCUGGUCUGUGGACCAAGGAUCCAUUGGGGUCAGCAGAGAAGAUCUAUGUAUUAGAUGGGACACAGAAUGACACAGCUCUUGUCUUCAAGGCUGCGUGACUCACUCUUGCCUUGGCUGCCCGGAAAGCUUCCCGAGUCCGGGUGCCCUUUCCCUGGGUAGGCAGCGGGCAGCUGGUAUAUGGUGGCUUUCUCUAUUAUGCCCGGAGGCCUCCCGGAGGACCUGGAGGGGGUGGUGAGUUGGAGAACACAUUGCAGCUCAUCAAAUUCCACUUGGCAAACCGAACAGUGGUGGACAGUUCAGUAUUCCCCGCAGAGAGGUUGAUCCCUCCCUAUGGGCUGACAACAGACACAUACAUUGACCUGGCUGCUGAUGAGGAGGGCCUUUGGGCUGUCUAUGCCACCCGGGAGGAUGACAGGCACUUGUGUCUGGCCAAGUUAGACCCACAGACACUGGACACAGAGCAACAAUGGGACACACCAUGUCCCAGAGAGAAUGCUGAGGCUGCCUUCGUCAUCUGUGGUACCCUGUAUGUAGUUUAUAACACUCGCCCUGCCAGUCGGGCCCGCAUCCAGUGCUCUUUUGAUGCCAGUGGCACCUUGAACCCUGAACAGGCAGCCCUCUCUUAUUUUCCCCGCCGAUACGGUGCCCACGCAAGCCUCCGCUAUAACCCCCGAGAGCGCCAGCUCUAUGCCUGGGAUGAUGGCUACCAAAUUGUCUACAAGCUGGACAUGAGGAAAAAAGAGGAGGAAGUUUGAGGAGCUAGACUUGUUUUUUGAAUUUCUCUCACCUCUAUUCAUUUAUAGCUCUACUAAAUUUUCUGCUCCUCAUUCCCCAAAUGUGAGCAAGUUGUGGUUCAAAUCCUAUAUAUUUGGCCAAUGGGGGGCAAAUUCUCCUAGCCCCUGGUUCCAUAUGGAACUCCAUGUCUUGAGUAAUCUUCUUAAAGCUAAGAGUGAAAAUCCUAAAUGUUCAAAUGUGUGUUCCUGCUCUCCUGCCCCAUAUCAAUGAAUUUCAGGACAAACACCACCCAGACCCAUAUGGGGGCAACCCCAGGGAGCAGACAACAAAAUGUGAGUAGGGGGGAGGGAGGACUAGGAGAAGACUUAACUCUGUCUGCUCUCCCUUACCCCUCCCUUCAGUGUCCUGAAAAAUUGGACUUUGUUGACAUCAUUUUGUACUGCAAAAUUUUGCAUUAAAAGGAAAAUCUACCACUC